GGAAGACCAGUCUACACCUGGAGUCUCUCCUAGGGGACACCCGCAGUGGCCCCUGGCUUCAGAAGAAGGAUCCCAACGAGUGCCCUAAUAUAUUACCCCUAAGACCGGGCCCUACAGGGAAGGUCACCCUGCCCCUUGCGCCACAGAAGGGGACCCGCCCCGCUCCUCUGUCCCAGAGAGAGGGCGGUGCGCACCACAGCAGGCGCGUCGUAUGCCCGCGCUCCUCUCCCGCAGCCCUCCCGUGCGGCGUCAGGCAGAGGCGGGGUGGGGCGCGGUUAAAAGAAGCCUCAGGUGGAAACCGGGGCUCCACCCGCACUGUUCCGGAUUCGGUUCCCGCGGCGAACCGCCGGCGCCUGAUCCAACCUACGCGCAGGGCAGGAGCUCUGGGUGCCGCUGCGAGCCUGGAGCCGGCUCCCACCGAGCAGGUGACAUUCCCACUGUGACCCUAAACAGAGCGGCAGUGCAGUGCCAUCACCAUUACUACUGCUGACGUACGUCCAGAGGAGUAGGAGGGAAAGCCAGAAGUCCUUGCAGAGGGAUUUUGCAGUGGCCCUUGAGCUGGACGCACUGGAAGACCUUGGGAACGAGACUCAGAAUAAGCCUGCACGAUGGACUGGGGGACCCUGCACACCGUCAUCGGUGGCGUGAACAAGCACUCUACCAGCAUAGGGAAGGUGUGGAUCACGGUCAUCUUUAUUUUCCGAGUCAUGAUCCUCGUGGUGGCUGCCCAGGAAGUAUGGGGUGAUGAGCAGGAGGACUUUGUCUGCAACACUCUGCAGCCAGGGUGCAAGAAUGUCUGCUAUGACCAUUUCUUCCCGGUGUCUCACAUCCGGCUCUGGGCCCUGCAGCUGAUCUUUGUAUCCACCCCAGCCCUGCUGGUGGCCAUGCAUGUGGCCUACUACAGACAUGAAACUGCCCGAAAGUUUAUACGUGGGGAGAAGAGGAACGAGUUUAAAGACCUGGAGGACAUCAAACGGCAGAAGGUGCGCAUCGAGGGCUCCCUGUGGUGGACGUACACCAGCAGCAUUUUCUUCCGCAUCAUCUUCGAAGCCGCCUUCAUGUAUGUGUUCUACUUCCUCUACAAUGGGUACCACCUGCCCUGGGUACUGAAAUGUGGCAUUGACCCCUGCCCCAAUCUCGUGGACUGCUUCAUUUCGAGGCCAACCGAGAAAACGGUUUUCACUGUUUUUAUGAUUUCCGCAUCCGUGAUUUGUAUGCUGCUCAAUGUGGCCGAGUUGUGUUACCUGCUGCUUAAAUUGUGCUUUAGGAGAUCCAAAAGAACGCAGGCACAGAAAAACCACCCCAACCAUGCCCUGAAAGAGAGCAAGCAGAAUGAAAUGAAUGAGCUGAUCUCAGAUAGCGGCCAGAAUGCAAUCACAAGUUUCCCAAGUUAAGCCCUUCAAGGUCAAGUGUAGGCGAGCCCUUCUGAGCAUUGUACCCUCUUUGUAGACAACAUUGAUCUGACAACUCCUCUGCUAGGUCAAGAGUUUGUCUAUAAGUGACUCAUAGAAAGUAGAUACUUGAGUUCAAUUAUUGUAGGACACCUGAGCUGUUCACACACAAUGUAAGUCAAAAUUGUGGUCUAUCUCUGAAAACCAAGCCCUCAUGACAACUGGGCCUUGAAGUCACUUGGAUGAGUCCUAUGUGAACUGUAUGACUUAGUAUUUCCUGAAUCCUUCUAUAACUUGUUUAUAAAGAACAAUUUAUCUAGAAAUUAAUAGUUUUAUCAGUAAGAUAUUUUUAUAGGAAUGAAUAUUUUAGUUCUGACUUUGAAUUUAUAUAAAGUAUUUUUUUAAUGACUGGCCUUCCUUACCUGAAAAAAAAAAUACACCAAGUUAGCUUUACAAGUGCACCCCAAGUAUCUAAAGUUUGAACUUGUAAAGGGUCUAGCAUAUUACAAAUAUUGUUUUUACUCUGUCUGAGGACAGUUUAAUGAGCUAGUGUGUGCUCUUAAGGUGGGAUGUGUUCAUUGGACAAUAUACAUUGCCAUUUGCUGAAUAUGAAUGGAAUCGAAGGAAGUGGGACCCUUCUUAAAAUUAGCCUUUCCACCUAUGGUGAACAGUGCAGACAUGAAUAUGAUCACGGCAAUAAAGCUUAACCCUGUUGCUUCAGC